AUAUCCGUAUUCCCUCUCUCUCUCUCUCUCUCUCUCUCUCUCCAUUUCUAUCUGAGCUUCUCUCUCUAGAGCAACAAUGGCUGCGGCUGCUUCUUCUCUUACAAUCGCGUCUUCCCUCUCUGAACCACGGACUCAGAUCCAUUCCUCGAAACGCUCGAAUCUUCCUCUUCAAUAUUCAAUCCCGUACAAGGCCGUAACACGGAGCAGGACUAGAAGAUUAGGACUCGUCGUGAGUUCCGUUUCAGCUCCCAACGUUGAGCUCCGUACUGGACCUGAUGAUCUCAUUUCUACCCUCCUCUCUAAGGUUGCGAAUAGUGAUGGAGGUGUGACUCUAAGCCCUGAGCAGCACAAGGAAGUGGCACAAGUGGCUGGAGAGCUUCAGAAGUACUGUGUCAAGGAGCCUGUUAAAAAUCCUCUCAUUUUCGGAGAUUGGGAAGUGGUGUACUGUUCGAGACCAACCUCUCCUGGUGGAGGCUACAGAAGUGUGAUAGGCCGUCUCUUCUUCAAAACGAAAGAGAUGGUACAAGCCAUCGAUGCUCCUGAUAUCGUUAGGAACAAAGUUUCCAUCAAUGCUUUUGGUUUUCUUGACGGAGAUGUCUCCUUGACAGGGAAGUUGAAAGCCUUGGACAGUGAGUGGGUGCAGGUGAUAUUUGAGCCUCCGGAAAUCAAGGUAGGAUCUUUGGAGUUCAAAUACGGGUUUGAAAGCGAAGUGAAGCUUCGGAUCACAUAUGUUGAUGAGAAACUUAGACUGGGAUUAGGCUCUAAAGGAUCAUUGUUCGUCUUUAGGAGGCGUCAAUAAUAUAUAUGUUUCUCCCUCGUGCAUCAAUCAAUGCAAUUCACUACACAAAAAAAGGAAACAACAUAUGGGGUCCUGUGAGAGUAUGAUGGUCAAAAUCCACAAUGCUGUGUACGCAAAGGGUGUUUUAGAUAGAACUUUGUUGUAAUGUAAACUUCAUUUAAGAGUGUCUCACUUCAGAUGAGUGGUUGAGGAAGGUACUGGUGAACUUCAACGUCUUUUCGCAAA